UGUGAUUUCGACGACAUUCUCAACCCUAAACAAAGAAAAUCGUCAUGGUAUCAGAGCGACCGUUCUGAGCCCGUUUCCGCAACGCGAUGUCCGGGCAAUCCGAGGCUGAAUCGACAGAUGAAGCUCGGCGUGCCGGUGGCGUCUUCGACAACACAAAUUCUCCAUUUGGGACUGUGUAGGUGACCAGAGCGGCAACAAUGGAGUCAUCGUCUUUGGUAGCCCACUCUACCUUAACCCAAAUGAGAAUUUCACUCAACCCAUCGUGUCUGAGUCGUUGGAUGGGACUAAUUACUCCAUGUGGAGUAGAUCUAUGAAGAAGGCAUUGAAAAUGAAGCACAAGUUAUGCUUCAUUGAUGGAUCUAUGGCGAUUCCAGCCAGAAACGAUCCAAGCUAUCUUCUGUGGGAUAGUUGCAAUAUAGCUGUAGUUACUUGGAUUCUUAAUACACUGUAGAAAGAUAUCAAGAGAUCUGUUAUGAGUCAUGAGAAUGCCAAAACCUUGUGGGAUGAGCUUCAUCGUAGGUUUGGUCAGUUAAAUGCCAAUAGAUUGACAAAUCUUGAGGAUGAGAUUCAUCGUUGCAAACAGGGUUCCAUGACUAUCACUCAAUACUACACUCUAAUCAAGGGCUUAUGGGAUGAAUACUCAGAAUAUAGUCCUAUUGUUGAGUGUAAUUGCAUUUCAGGAAACCCAAUACCUUGCACUGCAGUGGUAGCAUACAACCAGAAGCAAGAGACUGAUUAUUUGAUUAAAUUUCUUAGGGGUCUGAACCCAGAGUUUGAAGGGGUAAAGAAACAACUCCUGAUGUUGAAGCCUCUACCUACAGUAGCUGAUGCAGUAGAUGAUUUGCUGCAACAUGAGCAAGAGUUGAAAGCUAACACAUCAGGAAGUGGGAAAAGGUCACAGACUGUGGCACUUGCUACAAUCCGAGGCUACCAAAGCAGCUGAGUCUACUGAAAGGAAUCAUGGCAAGAAAUACUGCAAGUUCUGCAAGAAGACCAACCAUAAUAUUGAGGAAUGUUGGACUUAUAAGAGGAAGGUUAAGGAACAGGAACAGGCAGGUGGUGUACAGCCUGGGCUCCAGAAAUUUGUUGGUUCAGUGUCACACAGCAACUCUAGUGGUAGUGAAUCACCAUCUGAAGUCAAUUACCACAGUGAAGCCAGUAUGGUAAGUCAUCCUCCUCCUGGUUUUACCCCAGAAGAGAUGAACAAGCUAAGGUAUUUGUUGCAUUAUGGUGCUAGCAACACACCACCCUCUACCACUGUCCAUACUUCACCUUCACCCCCAACCUCACCCUCCAUUCAACACCAAGCCUAUUCUGUGUCUCAGUACCUACCCCCAUUUCCAAAUUACUCAGGUAAAUAUGUCUUAUCCUCAGCUAUUCAAUUCAGUAACCUCAAACCUGAUAGCUUAUGGAUCUUAGACACGGGAGCAUCUGACCACAUAGCAUGUUCCUUAGAUCUGUUUACUGAGUAUAGGAACGUACAAGACAUAUUUGUCCACUUACCAAAUUCUUUUAGAGUCUUAGUAAGUCAUAUAGGGACUGUCAAACUACCAUUUGGACUUUUCCUAUAUAAUGUUCUCCUAGUGCCCAGUUUUUCAUUCAAUCUAGUUUCAGUAAGUAGACUUACACAUGACUUUCCUCUUUCCUUACACUUUCAUUCUGAUAUUUGCCAAAUCCAGGACCUUCUAAACAAGAGGACGAUUGGUUUAGCAAGAGAAAUUAAAGGACUCUACCAGCUUACCUUUUCACAUCAGAACACCAACCUACCACAAGAUCACCACCAAAGCCAAGCAGCUAGUGUUUUCAACUUUAGCACUCAACAAGUAGACUUGUGGCACUGGAGAUUAGGGCACCCCAGCAAUGAUAGACUUAGCAUGUUACAACACAUAGAUCCAUCUGUAACUAGCUCUAAAGUAGAUCAUUGUAACAUUUGUCAUUUCUCCAAACACAAAAGACUACCUUUUCCUGUUAGCACCACUAAUGCAUACAAACCUUUUCAGCUUGUUCAUGUGGAUACAUGGGGUCCUUUGUCAGUAAUUUCUUAUGAUGGAUACAGUUAUUUCCUUAACAUUGUGGAUGAUUGUUCAAGAGCUGUUUGGGUUUAUCUGAUGCAUCAUAAAAGUGAAACCAGAGAUCUCUUUAAAGGCUUUUGUUCCCUUGUUAAAAACCAAUUCAACAGUGCAAUACAGAUUGUUAGAAGUGAUCAGGGAAAUGAAUUUGAUAUGUGUGA